UUUUUGGGUCCAUUAACACUACAACAUUCCACUUUCCCUAUUUCAAUUUCAUUUUGCCCUAGCGACUUCAUCCGUCUCUCCUCUCUGCUCUAUCUCAAUCGCUCUGCUCUAUCUCAAUCGCUCACCUGCAAGACUCCCCUCUCUGAAAAAUAUUUUGCCUUUUGAUUUCAUAACCAUCUCUCUCUGGAGUUCCAACCCUUAUUACGUUUCUUUGCCGCCACUGCGCUUAUAUGUGCGUUGAGCUUUUGACACCAAAAGCAAGGCCAGGAUGGGUGUUGUCUUGAUCAAAAUUAUUCUGUUCAGCAUUUGGUUGAGAGCCUUUAUAGAUCAGGAAGGAUAAAUAAUAAGCUGACAAUGAAACGAACGGUUAGAGAAGUGGAAAAAGUGAGUGAACAAAAUACCGAAGCUUCAACUUCAAAAUCAUCCCAACCACCGCCGAAGAAGAGACGGGGCCCAACACGAUGCAAGAAUGUAAUAGACGCGACAACCUUAUUACCUUUAAGGGUUAAUAAGUUUGAAUAACCGAUCGGUCCUGGAAGUGGUACAUAUACUAAUUAUUUGGGAACACUUGCCCAGAAGGGUAAAUUAGCUCCUUUUUGCUACAAAACUUGGUGGGAGAUGCCUAAACGGUUGAAGGAGGAUAUGUGGAACAUUGUAAAGGGAAAAUAUGAUGUGGGAAUUAUGUCAAAACAGUGGACAUUAUCCUCUAUCGGAAAAAAAUGGAGGGGGUACAAGUGUGAAUUAAAAAAUGAAUACUACUCGGUAAGGGAUACAGAUGAAGAAAGAUUGGCAAACCCACCACCUGAUGUUGAAAAGGAGCAUUGGAAAUUUUUGGUUAGGCAUUGGGGUACGCCUAUGGCGAAGGAGGUCAGCAAAAAAAAAUAAAGAAUGUCGUGGGAAGCAGACAAUGAUGCAUACUAUAGGGACAAAAAGCUUUGCACGUGUUUCUGCCGAGAUUGAGGAAGACGAAGGUAUUCAGCUUUCUCGUGCAGAUUUAUUCAUCAGCACACAUGUAAAUAAGGAUGGCAAAGCUACUGAUGCUGCUGCUUCGGAGAUGAUUGAGGAGGCACGUGCUGCACGUGUAGAGUUGCAGGAGACGAUUUCAAAAAUUCAAGCCGACUAUGACAAUAAGUUGGAAAAUUUACAACAACAGAGUGUCCCCAAAUUCAUUUUCUAGUCGUGAUGCCAAUUCAAUUAAGGUUAUGAACUUUUAAUUUCUCUUAUAUAUAUGUUAAAUUUUCAUUUAUUAUAAUGUGCGCUUAAUGAAUUUAUAAAAAAUGUAGGGUAAUUCAAAUUAAAUGGGCAAGAAGGCUUGUUGAUGUUGAUGUUGAAGUUGAAGCAGAAGAUGAAGAUGGGGUCGUGGCUGUGCUUUCUGAAUUUCCUUCUCAUUGGAUGGGUCCUUUUUGAAAAACUUGUACUACAUUUGUCAAAAAUUCUUAAUUCUUUUUGUGUGACAUUUAGUAGCUUUAUCUAGACAAUUUGGAUGGUGUUUUCAUAAUGGCAGGUUAACUUGUGGUUGUAUUAGUAUACAUUUUGGCUUUUUGGUUGACAUUUACCAGCUUUAUCUAUUAGUAGCCAAUUUAGAUUGUACUUUUCAUAUUGACAGCAGGUUAACUUGUGGUUGUAUUAUGUAAAAACAAUUUGGAUGGUAUUUUUAUAUUGAUUUGUGUUAUAUUGGAUGA